AUGAUAUCAAGUAAUCAAUAUUGGAAUCAAAUGUCAACAUUUGAUUUUGAUGAUUUAUUUUCGUUUCCUGAUAAUUCUAAUGUUCAAAAUGAAUCUGAUCAAUAUUUUAUGUUACAUGAUGAUAUAAUUGAUGACAAGACAACUUCAUCGUCUGAAACUGAUCAUUAUCAAUUAGACACAUUAUCAAAUAAUAGUUCAGCACAAGAAUGUCAACAAUCGAAUCUUGAAUGUCGUGUUUGUGGUGCACCAGCUCACGGUUAUAAUUUUAAUCAAAUUACUUGUGAAUCAUGUAAAGCAUUUUUUCGUCGAAAUGCAUUUCGGGAUAUGUCUGAACUAAGAUGUCGGUAUUCUAGUUCAUGUAUUAUUAAUGUAAAUACACGUCGUCAAUGUGCAUAUUGUCGAUUAAAAAAAUGUUUCAAUAUUAAAAUGCGUAAAGAUUGGAUUCGUACUGAAGAAGAAAAACAACUAAGACGAUUAAUAAAAUUAACAAAAGAACAAAAGAAAAUAAAUAAUUUAUCUAAUGAUCAACAAUCUCUUGUUACUUUUCCAUCAACUGAUCAUUAUCAAUUAGACACAUUAUCAAAUAAUAGUUCAGCACAAGAAUGUCAACAAUCGAAUCUUGAAUGUCGUGUUUGUGGUGCACCAGCUCACGGUUAUAAUUUUAAUCAAAUUACUUGUGAAUCAUGUAAAGCAUUUUUUCGUCGAAAUGCAUUUCGCGAUAUGUCUCAACUGAAAUGUCAUUAUUCGGGAUCAUGUAUUAUUAAUAUAAAUACACGCCGUCAAUGUACAUAUUGUCGAUUAAAAAAAUGUUUCGAUAUCAAAAUGCGUAAAGAUUGGAUUCGUACUGAAGAAGAAAAACAACUAAGACAGUUAAUAAAAUUAGCAAAAGAACAAAAGAAAACAAAUAAUCUACCAAAUGAUCAGCAAUCUCCUGUUACUCUUCCAUUAAUUCUACGAAAGAAAAAACGUUCAACGAUAAAAUCAGCCAACCAAGAACUUGUAAUUAAUUCAAUAAAUACAAAUAACUGA